AUGGCUCAAUUCCCGCACAUUAUUGCUACGUUAUGGCUGCUGGUGCAGCUUGUGGCUGCAAUUUCCAGGCCGGAGUUGCAGCCGCUUCCUCGCUAUCUAUGGGACGGAACGUCAGAGCCACAGCUCUCGGGAAGAGCAGUCAAUCAAGCUGCCGCUGAAGAAGCCAUAAAACCUGUUGACAAGGAGGAAUUCUUUUGGGCUUCAACUGAUAAACCGGGAUCCAAGGCCGUAGUCGUUAGCAUGGUGUCUUGGUCCAAGGCAACUGAGCGGAUCAUUUCUUUGGAUAAGAUUGACCUCCUAAUCCGGUCAGCGAGCUGCAAUGCCAAGGACAUGUCUUUCGAUUUUAUUCAUCCCUUUGUCUAUUCUGCCAUCAAGAUUUAUUGGGACUGGGUUAACUUCAACGAUAUGAAUACUUUCGUUGUAAUCCCCAACUCCAAGAAAUGCGGAAAGGACAGAGAACAACAACCCUGGGUUGCACGCCGUGUUAUAUUUGACGAUAAAAACCAAAGAGUUCGCCUGGAAGCUACUAAGAGCACAUGGAAAAAGGUUAUGCAAACCUAUACCUUGGAUUUUGGUGAAGUCAUUCUUGGGUCGAAAGGUCUUGUCAAACGCGAUAUCAUUCCAGAUCUCGACGAGAAAUUCAGGCUCGGUAUUGGAGUGACACUGCCAACCCGAAUUUUCGGUUGGGAGGUCAACAAAGGCCCUCUCAAAGGUAACCUUACCGCCAACUGCAAUGAUUGCGGUACCCAAGGCGCUUUAGUCUUUGCUGGUCAUGUUGAAGCAAGCCUCGGCUGGGGCGGCUUUGAUAUAGACAAAUUUGAAAUUUCCGUCAAACCUGAGGGAGUUGCAGUAAACGUUGAGCUGGAGUUGCUGUUUGACGCUCAUCUCGAUUUCCGUCGUUUCGUCAAACCUUCUCAGGAGAUAAAUUUGGUUGAAAUUCCUAUCUCAGGAUGGAACAUACCUGGUAUCUUUGAGUUUGGUCCACGAAUUCAACUGAAUGCCGGAUAUGAAAUUAGCUAUAUCUCAGGAACCGCUUCCGCAACAGCUGGAAUUAGUGCCCGUAUUCCAGAUAGCGCUAUCGCAAAAUUAGAUCUUUUGGCUGAGGAUUCUGUGGAGGUUUCUGGAUGGGCUCCGGUGAUUGAAACACAACCUCUUCGAGUACAAGCUCAAGUUGACGCGGAGGCAUCAGUUUACACUGAGGUCGCAUUGUCAGUUAGCGUCACAGUUUUUGAUACCGCCGGUUUCUGCCCCAACGAGGCGAAUAUAUUUGGAAUCAAACUUGAUGUUAUGGUAGGUGUCGAUCUAGAUCUGGAAGGCUGGGAAGAAAUCGAUGGUCAUAGGAAAACUCUCUUCGAUGUGGACAUUUAUGAGAAACCAGAUAUUUUUGUUUUCCCGCAAGUAUGUCUCGGCUUCGAUGAUGUAGCCCCAGGGUAUUGCCUCGGCGGAAAGAAGGAAGAGGACGAUGAGGACGAUGACGAUGACCCGGGUCAUUACGUCCGCGGACGCAGAGCACGGAUCCCCCGGACACUGUCUCCUGCGCUAUCUCCACGUCAAGAUCCAGACACAGGAAGAGAGCCCAUUCCGUUGAAGUGCGAUAAGAAGAAGGCUGUCCAGAUUCUAAAAUAUCCAAGUCCAAUAGAACUAGCAAAGAAUACUGCAGUACCGAUUUUUGUACCAAACAUUCCCUGCGGUGAAGCUUCAGAAGACUGCUGGCCAAAUGCCAAUAUCACUGUGAUAACCGAACCUCUCGAACAACGGGCCAUCGUGGACCAGACCGGUCUACUUGACCAGGAGAAAUGGGCCUCUGAACAUGUGUAUGAGGCCAACUGGGUCCGGGAUUACUUGGACUUUCUCCAAAAGAAAUUAGCCGGCUCCGCGGACAAACCUUGUCAUCCUGCUAUUUUGAGAUUUUGGGAUAAGCUGAAUCCAACUUACCCGGCUCCGGGGGGCGCACCCGCGAAAGAAUCAUAUGUGGAAGCAUUGGCGCAACAUUUAGGCACUGUGAACACUGCAUACGAACCUCGCAUGGCCAUUAUUCAGCAGAGAUUAAACAAUCUGAAAUACCUAAUGUUUGCGAAGAAAACUCUUAUCGCAGGCCGCGACGGUGUGGAAGGUCGAAGAAAAGUAAUCAACAGCCACGGCAGAUUUGUAUGUGAGCUAGCGCGCAUUUCCGCAACGUGCAAAUACUACGCGCAUCCAGCUGCCCAAGAGGCUUUGAAAAAAUCCAUCCUAGGGAUUGAAGAAGUGCUAGGAAUUGCGGACAAUGAUGCGAAGAUGAAGGAAUCCGGUACCUCCUUCCAACAGGUCCAUAAGGACUUUUAUGAUGAGUUCCACGAUGCUGCUAUCGAGUGGACUCGGAGCCAACUGCAGGAUUACGCCAAGUUUUUGUUGCAAUACCCUGACGAGGUGGAUGAAUUGCCACCUGGAUUUAAGGAGGAGCUUGAGCGGAUCCGGGACGAUGGGGAAUAUCGAAAGGAACUGUGUCCUCAGACUAAACGCACUGGUUGGUGA